AUGUCACGAGAAGAGGACGCAGAGACCAUUCGGGUCCUAAGGUCGCAAAUAGACGCAUUAGAGCAACGCACAGCUCAGCUAGAUCAGUCGAGACAAGAAACGGCCGACUUACAGAAGUUGGUUCGUGAGUUACUAGCGGACAAGAGCCGCGUAGCAAGCGUUGAGAACGUUGCAGAAGCCGACAAGUCGGGUGAGGCCAAUGGGGAUCAAGCUGCUGGCUCCAACACCUUCAGCCGCUAUGUGAAUCUCACACCCGGGUCACCAUCGCCACUAGCUCGAGGACAACAAGCACCGCACACGGGUGUUGUUUUACCGGAGGCGUCGACUGGGAUUGGCCGCACCAAACAGCAAGAGACAACUCAAGCCACCAACCAGCACCGAGUCAAUUGGGCGGAAGAGCAUCUUAAUCGGCAACCACCCAGCGAUCUUUGA